AUGAACGAUUUGCCUGACGAGAUUGUUCACAUCACACAGGGCUUCAUACCGAUAUCCCUACUUCUUACGCGACUCGCCCAGUCUACCCACAACAUGAUACAGGACAAAAUUGCCGAACUUGCCAAGAUGCCAAUCUCGACCGCCGCUACAAACGGUAGUACAAAUUACACCCAAAGCGCCCCGGAUGAUACAUCGAUGGAGAACCUGAAAAAGAAGGGGGUGCUGCUGAAUUUCAUACAAGACAUGCACUCAAAAUGGGUCAAGGCAUUGGUUAUUACGGAGUGGAGCAGAAAAGCUUCCAUGGUCAGCAAGCUCAUCGACCUCAAAUUUCACAUCGAUCAGCAGCGCCAACUUUACGAUGCAGCUCUGGAUAACAUCAUAAAUGUCAAGAGAGAUCUCACCUAUGCUCGAAUGCCAAGCCCUGAUUUGAAGACGGCAUUGCAGAUUCUUGCCACUGGAAAGGCACCGUGGAUGCCUGAUCUUCAAUACAUCGAGCUGCCUCCUUUGACACUAGAGGAGCAGCUGAGGGGCAUUGGCGAUUUAGAUACACUACUCUCUUUGCGAUUGAAUCUUGAUGAUUUCGACAAGAUUCCUUACCAAUUCCAAAACUACACGAUUGGGUCGGGCCGGGUGACUUUCAAAGUUGCGGGAGAGUUCGAGGUGGACCUGACAAUUGCCGAUGAGGAUUUUGAGAAGCAGUUCUGGUUUAUUGACUUCAGAUUUGCAUUUCGACCAGUAACACUGACGCUUCCCGAUACAUUACGAGCGUUCUUGGAGAACUGCGUAAACGAGGCGCUCGCAAAAGACGGAUUGGCUGGCUGUUAUCAGUUUUUACACGAAUUUGUAUUGACUGCAAAGAUCAAUGAGCUGAAACGCCAAGCGCUGCAACUGAAUCGGACAUCAUGGAGUGGCACAUUGGCAGUAGAGCCCUUGAAUCGGGCUUUAGCCAUUCAGUACUGGACGUCUCGAUCGGCAGCUACAGGUCUGAAAAACUGGGUUAUUGUAGCGGUAGGCAGCGGGCGUAAGCCGGGAGGCAGGCCGGAUCCGAAAGCAACAAGCUCUUUGGUAGUUAAGUGGUACCGCGACAACAAAGAGGUCAAAGAUGUCGAGGUUAAGAUGGAUUUUCAGAAUCUAUCAGCGGAAUCAUUACUAAACGACAUCGUUGGACGGCACAUUGAGUUUAUCCUCUCAAGCAUUCACUCUGGAUUGCUGGCAACCCCGAGAUACAAGAAUCGCGACACUGGUGUGGCACUCAAUAUUUCCAGAGCUGAUCCAGUGACCUCCUGCUUAGCACUUCAGGUAGGAUACGGUGGCACGGUGUCGCUCCUGAUCGAACCGAUAAGUGGCGCCUUCGCCAUGAAGCCACACUCAAAGUUCUCAAUGCAGCCAGAGCUUCAACUAAACAACGGCAAAAAUCCAUUGGACGACGGUGUGAACUUCUUGGAGCACCUGCGGUGUGCGAUUAUAGAGGAUGAGUUGGGCAGAAUGGGAACUGCGAGAGGAUGGUCUGUCCGCAAAGCGCCCGUCAACACUGAUGAGUUGAAGUCAAUCACCAAGAUGCGCAGAUGGAGCCGAACUCUAUGGCUCCAACACGGAGGAUGGGGAUCGCCCUGGUUUGUUGUCGUCAUCCUCAGCUUAGACGGGGAUGAGUGGUGGCUGCUUGAGACUGCCUCCAAAUUUUCAACCCGUCUUCCCCUGAAUAAAGGUGCCCCGCAAGUAUCGGGCACAUUCUGGGAUAACCUCAAUACAUUUGCGGCUGGCAUAAUAGCGCAGUCAAUCGAUAAGAGGGAGCUGCGUCGACUCAAGAUCAAGAGCCAGUCGAGCGGCAGUGCCGAUCUAUCGCUCCCGCAGCAAGUUAGGAUGCCAUCAAUCGAAGUAGCGCUAUCGAAUAUCUUCCCAUCGAUGAUGCAAGAAGCAGCAGAAAACAUUACGCCCCAGAGUCUUGGUGUCAUUAUUGAACCGAAUGAGGAUCUGCAGACUCUUUCGUUAAUACGUCCAAAUUCUACAUCAUCUUCAACUACGAAGCAACCGUGGGCAGAAGACAUGAUGGCAAUCAGGUUCAAGGGUGUUCAUGCAGUGGCCAGUCGUGCAGGGCCGGACGUAGGCCAUGCCACAGCUCAUCACCUUGUUUGUACGUCUGAAGCCGUGAUUAGGGUCCGACAACCAAGCAAGUUCCUGGCUCUGAAGGGCAUGGUCGAUCGCGAUGUCUCCUAUGAUCCUAAGCGAGGCGAAUUUGUGUUGCAGAUACAACGACCGGUCACUCAGCCAAUUUUUGAUAUUCUCAAAUCGCGAGUCAAAGCUAUAGACAGAUUUGUCAACUUUCUCGAAGCUAUGGAGAAUGCCAAGGGUUCAAUUAUUGGCGAGUCCAUCACACUCAAGGCAGUCGUAUUCUGCUACAGCGCGCCGGUAUCCACACAGCCAAAGGAUGAAACUGCGGCUCCGGUUCCAUCUCCUGAGCGUUGGAGAGUGAAAAUGGAUCUGUCCAACGAAGACAUUGAUAUCCACAUCGAGAAGCGUAACCCCCAUCUCCGUGUUAUUGAUCUCGCAAGAAACUUGGCGAGCACUGAAGGCGGUAUUGGCCCAUUGAUGGCCUGGCUGCCCGUAUCACUACCGGCUUUGAAGGCUAUUGACCAGCUAGAUGCCGAAUGGGACGAGCUGUCGAAGGAGGGGCAGGGUCGAUUGAAUUUCAGUAUGAAAUCUCUCACUUGGAUGAACAUUAAGUACAACAUCUUUGGGGCCAACGGUACCAAGGCGAAGACUAAGAAGACCAUCUGCUUGGACGUCCGGAUAAAGCCCCGCCGCGGACAGGUUUGGUGGCACGCCUGGCGCUCUGAUGCUGAUGCAGCAGCAGACGACGAGUUUAGCAAAGCACUGAAGGCCGUGUGGGAUGGCAAGGGGAGCAACUGGCUCGGACUUGCCACCGGCGCGGCAGCCGAGGCCAACGACGGCGUGAGAGACAUGCUGCUUGCGAUCGAUAAGGCGAUUAGAGGAGCUAUAACAACCUCAACAGGGAAAAGGACGCACUAG